AAAAUAUACAUUGUAUAGAUAUGUAUAACCUUUUACUAUAAUACACUUUUACAUAAAAGAUGUUAUUAUUGUUUUUGAGUAUGGGUCCCUUUUGACUAGGGGUUUGCGGCCCUUUUGACUUUCUUGCGGCCCUUAUGACUUUCCGUUUUGUGGCCCUUUUGUCACGCUGCUCUUUUGACUAGGACCCCAAACGGGUAACCAGUGCAAAUAUCACAAGAGGGCUGGAGCCCAGUCUACUGGAAACAACUGAGUCAAUUAUUUAUUGCCGAUCCUCAACAAAGUUCUCUUGAUGUGUUUUGAAAAGUUUUUGAAAGUGGUUUGUUUUAGUUUAAACUUCAAUCCAAUGCUAACGGGGUUUUUUAAAGCAGAGUUGGCCAACCAAACAAGAACACCACUGACUAUGUUCAUUAUUUAUACAUCGAAAUGAAACACUGACAAAGAUGGGAUGGACUGGGAAAGUGGCAUCAAUAUGAGGGCUUGGUUAACUUGGUGACUGAGUCAAAACAAAACGCACAGUCCUUGCCAGUGAGUGGUGCAGAUUGGCCCAAGGAUGUUUGUUCCAGUAAAGCUGUGCUGUGAAAUAUUGGCAUUCAUCCUUCACUAUGUUCCCUCUGUCGGUGCAUAUUGCCUUGACAACGUUGCCCUUGGACAACCUGCUGUCCAGAGCGGUAACGACACCGCUGGGCCAGAGCGAGCCGUGGAUGGAAAUGGAGCUCUACUCUUUCAAGAUUUAUCCUGUACGUUCGCCUCUUCAUCCACCAGUGACCCACUGCCGUGGUGGAGGGUGGAUCUGCAAAGCGUCGUUAACAUUGAGGCGGUCACCAUUGCUACCAUAAGAUCCAAAGAGCUUGACUGGCGUCUACACAACUUUGACAUAGAAGUAUUCUCAGCUGAUCCAGUUUCACACCCUGGAGCAAACGGUCAGAUGUGCUUUUCCUUCUUUGGGAAAUUUGGGAAUUCAAUUACACAAACUCUCAGAUGCAUGUAUCCUGUUGAGGGGCGAUAUGUCCGCAUAAAGAAGAGGCAACAUCUGAAUGAUUUGGAUGGGCUGACCCUGUGUGAAGUGGCAGUCCACCCAAAGCUCUACGAAAACAACUGCAGUUUCAGUUAUAGGUCAUGUGGGCAUGUGAUGGCUUCAACUUCCAAAUCUUGGACAGCAGCAGCGGAAACGGCACCUGUAAGUUUGUGUCUGUGUCACUAGCAGACCUUUACACAAAACCUGGAUGGACAUAUUA